AUGGAUGUUGUGCGAUGCUCUUCCUCUCUUCUUCAACGUCUGUCAAUAGAUGAUCUUCCCGACUGUUUGUUGAUUGAAAUCCUGUCCCAGCUGCCUCUGAAAUCUAUAUUUCAAUGCAAGUGCGUCUCACGCCGAUGGUGCUCUCUAAUCUCUGCUCCUUCUUUCGCUUACAUUGUUCACAGGCUCCGCUCUUCUUCAAUAUUGCAACGACCCUCUACCUUGCUCAUCAGCCACUACACCGAUGGUGUGAGGAAGGUCCUCAUGACAUCGGAGGAACCCGAAUUCAAAUCUCUAGCCUCUUUAAUAAACCAAUAUUACAUUAAUAACCGCUCAGUUUCGCUUGACAUUGUUCACGCUUCGUGUCAUGACUUGCUUUUAUGUACCCAAAAGGAAUUGAAAAUGUUCAGUGCGGUGGUCUGCGAUGCUGUGUACUAUGUGUUAAAUCCAAUUACAAGGCAGUCGAUAACGCUUCCUCCCCUACGUCGUCCUAGCAAUGCUAAGAUUGGAUUCAUCUUCCGCUGCUACCAUGAUCAGCAGCAAUUCAGUUAUAGGGUGAUGUGCAUUCCUAAAUUUGAGUGUGAAUCAACAGAAUUCAAGGUAGAUAUAUUCUCGUCCGACACGGGCAAAUGGAGUGAGUCAAUAGUGUCGUGUCCGCCAGGGUUUCACUUCACUGACUCUGCGCAUUCCUGCGCUGGUGUUCCGUAUCAAGGUUUGCUUUUCUGGUGGAGUUUGGAUGGGCACCUUGUUGGGUUUGAUCCGUACACCAGCAAAUGCCGUCGAGUCAUCUACAAACCCGAAGAUUUUGCACCGAACCGUAGAAUUCAGCGCCUUGGUGUUUGUAAUGGUGCCUUGAGAAUAUGCCAACUUGCAGGUCCUCCUUAUGCUGAUGAUGAAUUACUUGUUUGGGAGUUGAAGGACCAUGAUACAGAAUGUAAAUGGUCUUUAGAACACAAGGUGUAUUUCAACCAAAUGGGUGCGGAAAAUCCUGGGCUAACAGAAUGCCUAAAACAUAUAUCUAUAGAGUCACUGCUAGGCUAUCAUCCGUAUGACAGGGAUGUUGUGUAUUUGAUUCUUGCAACUAUGGUUGUAUCACUCAACUUGAGGAGAAAAACAGUGGAAAUGGUCUGUGAUUUUCAGAGGCCUUCCCCAUUUUACAAGGCUGUAAACGUCUUCGACUUUGUUCUUCCUUGUUGGCCAACUCCCAUUCCUUCUUCUCCCUUAAAAGAAUGA